ACAUGUGAUUCAAGUUGAGUGAGGGGAAGAGGAACAAGAUGUACGACUUCUUGUUCCUGCAAAUGCGGUCUAGGAAGGACACUGACGCCAUGUACGUCCGCCGCAGGGACCACAUAUUGGCGUUGCUCGACAACCACCACUUCACCUCCCGCAUGAACGAGAAGACCUUCCUCGAAAGGUUGCAGUCCCUUUACUUUGUCAAGUUCGAGGAGGAGUUGAAGUUCGACAGUUACGCUUCCUUGAUCUCCACUGACGGCGAGGCAACCACCGAUGUCGAGUUCGACGCCAAUGCCAAGGAGGAGGAGAGCGACACCGAGAGCCUCGACCUGCAGUAUGACCCACCUCCGGCGGAGCACGCCCGAGGGUUCUCGUUGGCCGUCUCGGGCGCGGGAUCGGUGUCCAUACCUCGCGAGUCGAAGUCCACUUUCCUCCACCUCGCGAGGAUUUCGGUCCUCCAAAAAGUGAGGGUCGAAAAUGAUAUGUUUGCACCCGACGACUUGUCCGUCGUUUCCACAGUCGGGCGACAGUUCGAUGAGUUUAAGAACAAGUGCUGGUUGGAACUGACGGAGGACGACUACAAGCUCGACACGAGCCCGUCGAAGGGCAUGGUGGACUGGAAAGUGGCCCCUCCCUGUGGGGCGCACGGGAGUUCCGGGGGGGGGGCACCAGGCGGUGAAGGGGACGGGGGUGGCAGUGCGGGGGGUGGCAAAGGAGUCCCGCCUAGUAGGGAGGGCGGCACCACGACACCGGGAGGCAGAGGUGGGGUGGCGGGUUUGGCCGUCGAUCGACAUCCGUCUACUGGCCCCGGACCAGAGCAUGUGACGGCGGUGACGCAGUCCGCCGACCUCCCGACUUCGUCUGCCGGCUCAGCGAGGGAGACAAUGGCAGCCUUGGUUGCUCUAAGUAGCCGCUCGGGUGGAACGUUAAAGUCCGCCGGGAUCCGAACUACGUCGGUUGAGGUGUCACCAAGACGGUCCACCGUGCAGAGCCGGUCGGGGGUGGGGGAGCCGAGCACGAAUCCCAUAAUUGGCAGCGGUGCGGUGAGGGACGGGAAUGCGUCGUCUGAGCGGAAGCGACGACCGCUGGGAUCUACAAGUGCAAGGUCCGGCGACACGGAGACGAUGAAGUCCGCAGAGAUCCGAACUUCUUCAGGGGGGAGGGGUCGGCCAGGGAUUGUCGUACCGUCGGGAGGGGCAACAUGCACGGAGACAGAAGGGUGGUCGUCGGGAUUCAACACGGGUUCCGGAGAAGGGGCUGAAUUUCAUGGAAGGGAAGGAGGGGAGGAAAUGGAGGAAGGGAAGGAAGGGGAAGAAGGGGAGGAAGGGGAGGAAGAAGGGGAAGAAGGGGAGGAGGAGAGGAAGGGGGAGAAGCUGAUUGAAUUGCUUGAAGGAAGAGAGGGUGCCAAAGGGGACAUUGGUAUUGGAGAGGACGAAGGGGAGGACAGUGGGGACGAUGCCGGAUCUGUAGAGUCGUCUGACAAGUUCGAACAACUGUAUGGAGAGCAUCGCGAGGAUGAUGUCGCCAAUGAUGCCACGACAAUGGAGACGGAGACACAAGUGGUUAGCAGCCUUUCUGCAGAGCCUGAAGACUAUAAGGUCCAACCACUCACGUCUGUCGUCCAUUUGCAACACCGGUUUGACGAGGUUUCCGUUGCUAUGACCCCAUCUAAAGCAAGUCGCCGUAUAAGCAUCGAAGAAGUUAUCGACGGUAUCCUCGGCGACCAACACAUGUCCGCGCAUCCAUCCACAACACCUGACGUCGAUGGCAUUAGCAACAUCAAACCUUCCGUGGUAGUUGCCCUCGCUUUCUCGCCACCGAACUCUCCGGUGCUGCUGGCUACCCUCGUCGGCGGAGGGGAAGGCGAGGUCAGGGGAUAACAACAUGUCACGUCCCCUAAAAAAUCAAGGGUCGACACUCAA